AUGCUCUCCCUUUGCAUUGCUGGAGCCUCAGUGGCUGGUCUUCUCGUUUGGCAUUAUCUUUUCAAUUAUGAACAAGCACGUUUACAUUACAAUGAUCGCAUGGAAUCAUGCAAGGAAUUACUCGUGGAAAUUCCGAUAUUAAAUUCCGAUCCGAAUCGAUAUUCACAAGUCGGAGACUAUCAAGUACCUCAUCUUGCUUACAAGUAUCGUUAUCCUUUCAUCAUUGGUAAUUUUUCUCUUCUCCAUGAUGUCAUGCCAAAUUUAUUUCUUCCAAUUCGAAAUUUAUUAUUUCCAAAUUUUUCACACUUGCAAUUCGAAACAAAAUUUUUCUCAGAUUUUGAUGAAACGUUUGAGGACAUUUGUUUAGAUUUUUUAAGACCACAUGACGCUACUGAAGCUUGCAAGAAUUCGCAAGAAGGUCAUCUCUCUUCAAAGCCUGUGGUUUUAAUAUUUCCUGGAAUUACUGGAAGUUCAGAAUCCUAUUACGUUCAAUCCUUAAUACGAACCAUUCAGAAGCAACAACAUGUUAACGAAUGUCCCUAUCAUGUUGUUGUGUACAAUCGACCUGGUUGUCAUUCCCUUCAAAAUUCCAAAUUGCGAAAACCAAAAUUCUUUUUAAAUUCACACAAAAAAACAGUCGAACGAGUCAUUGAAAUUGUUUCACAAGAAUUUCCAAAUUCAAAUCUGUUACUGGUCGGGUAUAGUGCCGGUGGAGUUGGAAUUACCAAACAAUUGGGAUCUAAAAAAGUGAAAAAGAAUCCUCGAGUGAUUGGAGCCAUCACAGUAUCGCAACCUUUUGAUAUGUUGGAAACAUUGAAAACAUUGGAAACGAAUAAGGCCUAUAACAAGUUUUUAGUGACAUUUAUUUUGGAAGUAUUCAAGAAGAAUCGAGAAUUGUUGGAAGGUGCCAUUCCAUCUCUUGAUUUACAAAAUAUGGAACAAUGUAAAAGUAUUGAUGAAAUUGAUACGAAAUUGACAAAACCAUUGCAUGGUUUACAAGAUGUGACUUUGGAUUUUUACAAUAAGAGAUCGACCUUUAUGAAACAUUUACAGAGAAUUUCAGGAGAGAAGGCGUUGCAUCGUGUGAAAACCACUCAGAAUGAAUUGGGAGAAAAUGUUUACUAUGAAGAAGAAAACGAGAAAGGUGGAAAUGGUGCCGCCACGUCUGUGAUCUCGAGACAUGAUCACAAUGGCAAUGAAAAAACCUAUCAUGCUCCAGUGUUUAUCAUGCUCUCGAAGGAUGAUCAAAUUAUUGCGUACAAUUCAGCCAAGUUGAGCUCUAUUGUGCAUGCUAAGGGUGCUGAACAUUUGUACGUGAUUGAGACACAGCAUGGAGGACAUUGCUCCUUUUUCGAACAAUUUUCAUGGUGGCUUCCUAGUGCACUGAGCUUCUCCGAUACUUUUGCUGACAAGGUUGUCAUGCAAACAUUGGCAGGAAUGGUCAAACACCACCAAAAAUUUCAAGCCAAGUUCGACCCAGUCAACAACCAAUAA